CGCCCCAAGGAGGGUUGGCCGUAGGUUAAGGUCACACUAUUAAUGAUCACGACGCGGCUGGGAGGCAAAUAAGAUGCUGUAGCAGGAACAACACUAACGCAUCCAUUCGAGCUCCACUCAGCGUACUGACAGCGUUUUUUAAUCGAGCGUGGAAACAACCACAUUUGGUUUGGUACAGCAGAGAACGGAAAGGCAUCAUAAUGAUCAAAACCUUUGUUUUUGUACUUCUAUUUCUUGGAACCACUGCUCAGGGAAGUCAACAACACCACAGCAGCGGAAGAAAACUCCUCCAGGUCACGGACAGUGCCGGCACGUCGGACAGUGCCGGCACGUCGGGGCCCACCGACAGCGAGGCCACCACCGACGCCACCGUCAGCGAGGCCACCGACGCCACCGACAGCGAGGCCACCACUGACGGCACCGACAGCGAGGCCACCACUGACGGCACCGACAGCGAGGCCACCACUGACGGCACAGACGCCACCACUGACGGCACAGACGCCACCACUGACGGCACCGACAGCGAGGCCACCACUGACGGCACAGACGCCACCACUGACGGCACAGACACCACCACUGACGGCACCGACAGCGAGGCCACCACUGACGGCACAGACCCCACAGGCACCAUGGAUGAAGUCUCAGUGACUGAAACAACUGCUGAAGAGGCAAUCCGAAGAUCAGGAGAGACAGCUGUGGCAGCAUCCGCAACUGCUGCAUCAGCCGCAGCAUCGUUGGCAAGCUCGGCUACGGCAGCAGCGGCUGCAGUUUCAGGAGGAUUCCCCCAAGCGGAAGCAGCUGCAGAAGAUGCUUCGUCUGCUGCAGAAGAGGCAGCCGCUGCUGCGUCCUCUUUUUUACAAGGCACAAUAAAUGCAACAGAAGCAGCAGCAGCAGCGGAGAAUGCAGCAGACGCCUCUGAAAUUGCUGCACAAACAGCGGCAGAGGCCGCGGCACGAGCAGACGGGGACAUGGCCUCAUUUGCACAACAACUCUCCGCAGCAGCAGAAAAUGCAGCCACCAUAGCGAGAUCAGCCGCAACAACGUCGGCCUUAGCAGCAAAUGGAGUUACUCCAGAAAAUGCAACAGAUGUCAUACAAGCUGCAAGAAAUGCAAGCCAAGAGGCUGAGAUGGCAGCUCAAGAACUCCAGGUUUUACUUUCAGAAGACUUACCGCCAGAAGUAGAGGCCAGCCUAAUACAAGCCAUACAGGCGGCCGAAAGCUCAGCUGCAUUGGCAGAACAAACAGCAGCUCAGGCUCAAGAUGCACUUGACACGGCAGACCGAGCCGUGGCACCAACUGGAGGAGAUGUGGAGGCUGAGCUCGCUGGGCAAUUAGCUAUUGCACAAGUACAAAAUGCAGCACAAAGCGCAAGUGCAGCUGCAGCGAUGGCAGCCGAAGCGGCGGGAGCACCAUCGGCAGCUGUCCAAGCUUCGAGAGCAGCCUCCCUCGCGGCCGCAGCGACGUCCCUCGCAGCUUCGGCGGCGCAAGCUGCGGGAGCCGAUCGCGACCUCAUCGAUGCCGCCUUGGAGAGCGCAGUCGCAGCAAAUGAGGCGGCUUUAUUAGUUGCAAAUGGAGGAGCAGAGCCACAGGUGGCUCGAGAUGCCGCAGCAAGAGCAGCAGACGCGGCAGAAGCGGUGGCUCUCGAGGCACAAGACCCAUUGUCAGUAGGGAUUGAUGAAGAUGUGGAACAGGUCUCGCUCGACGCGGCGGCUGCGGCCAGACAAGCGGCGAUGGCGGGACCGGAGGAAUUUUCUACCAUUGCGGCACAAUUUGUGACAACAUCAAGGAAUGCUUCAGAACUAUUUAGUAGUCAACUGUCAUCCAUGCUAACACCUGACAUGUUGGAAGCCUUUCAGGAAGCAGAACAGGUCGCCUCGCUGUCAGAAUUUACAGGAAUCAUAGCAGGAUCUGCGGACGAUUCCGAAGGCGCACAAGCGUUAGCGAGAGCUGCAACAGCAACAACAGAAGCGGCGAUGGAAAUGAUACAAAACCUCCCGGAAGGAACCGCGUUUAGCUUGGCACAAAGGUCAUUAGUGGCCAGUUUGACAGCCUCAGCCGCAGCAGCAACUGCAACGACCUCGGCUGCGGCCGCCGCCGCCGGCGCAGGAGCGGCAGCCAGAACCGCGUUAACCGCCGCAGAGGGAGCGGCGAACGCCGCUACAGCGCUGAGUAAUAAUGAUGAUAGCAGUUCCAUAAAUUCAACAGUGAAUGCCGGACUUUCAGCAUCCCUCGAAGCCACUAACGCAGCUGACGCAGCCGUGACAGCAUCGCAAACUGGAUCGGCCGUGGACGUGCAGAUGGCAAGCCUGGCGAUGGAGGCAGCUGGACUAGCGUCCAGGCUAACUGUAGCUGCACAAAGUGUCGCCUCUGAUGCAGCAACAACUCAAACCUUGACGGAUGCCUCCGAAGUGGCCACAGAAGUCAACAUGGACUGGAUAGAGUUGGUCACAGGUCUGCAAGACUUGCUGUCAGAUGCGCAGCAGGAAGACUUUGGGGAGCUUGUGAAUCAGCUGGCGAUCCUGAGUGUGGCGUCCACAACGCAGGUGGCCACCGACGCGACCAGACAGGCGGCAGAGCUAGCUGUGACGACAACCACGGCAGGUCAAGCCCUCAUCACCGAGACGGUCACGAUGCAAUCUCUGGCGUCCGUGGCGGCUUCGAGCGCAAAUGUCGCAGUGAGAGCGGCAGACGCGUCGUUGGCUACAGCUACGCAAACAAACGGCGCUAACGUCCAGAUGCUCUCACUCACCGCCACGCUCGCCGCCGCCACCGCCGUGCUCGCGCUGAUAUUGUGAAGCGUGUUUUAAAUCAAGGACUUGUGAAUUUAGCAAAUCCAUGUAUUUAUCCUUGUAUUAUACUGUGUUUCAAAUUUGCAUCUCAUCAUUUCUUAAACCACACUGGCAAAAGAAAAAUGUAAAUAAUUGUUAAAGUCAGUGCAAACCAAAACAAUGACCGCAUGAAUUGUGCUUCAACUUCCGCUGUGACGCACGACAAAUAGUGUUUUGGAAUUGUGAGUGAGAUGAAAAUCAGACAAAAUAAGAGCUCGACAAGUGAUAGACUUGACCUUCCUCACACAAGACCAGGAAGCCGAGCGGAGCUUCUCAAAGAGGAAAUGACUGUGUGCGGCUGCAAAUACGUGCCAUCAUGUUUCCGAUGCAAGAAAUGUAUAAGCUAUCCGUGUGCAAUGGUUUGGAAUGUCCGUGACAUGUGGCAGAAUAGCUGCUCUGUUGACCACGUCUUCGUUGUUGUUGCUUUCCAGACAAUAAAGAAAAUGGACUGAUGACUUA